AUGACAGACGCACCCCAACAAAUUAAAAAAUCCCCAAUACUUUCUCUUUUAACAACAAUCAAAGAAACGGCGGCAUUAUCAUCAUCAAAUGGGAAAACUGGGGCAUACGAAACGAAUUUUACUGAUAUUGCAACUUUUUUGAUAAACAACACGAGACUUUACAUUAAACAAGAAAUAUAUGCAAUUAUCGAAAUUGAAUUUUAUCUUAAUGAUAAUAAUAAGAACAAUCAUUCAGAUCCAUUUGCGCAUAGUCAUAAUGAUCAAUUAAUGCUUGGUAAUUUCUAUUUUCAUCGUGCUGGUUCAACCGGAUAUCGAGGCGGCACUAGAAAAGGUUUAGAUAUUACAUUCGGAUCUGUGGCGGAAAAUAUUUAUGGAGGAAUUUUAUUGAGAACAAUUCAAAAUUUGAAGACUAAUGAAAUUAUUGAAGGCCCAAGUUUAAUUGUCGAUAAAAUCAUGGAAUUAUGUGGAAAAGAUCGUCAAAGAAUAUUGAGUGUUCGGGAGUUAGUGGAGGAUGUUUGGAAUAGAAAAAUUGGUGCAUUUAAAAACAUGCACAAUUCAAAUAACUUGGUAUAUAUCGAUAUAGAUGAGAAGCUCAAAGAGGAUGAAAGACCUAAAAAACGUCCAAAAGUCGAAGAAUCUGCACUGUCUCCUCGUAUAGAAGGAUCCUUAUCCCCUGUAAAUUCACAUAAAAUAUACACAUCCCCUCGAAUUGGACUAACUCUGUCUAACACCUCACCAAGUGAGAUAUCUCGUAUUACAUUUGUCCUCAAACCUUACCGAUACUUUGCAUUACCACACCUCUUGAAAAAAGGAAAAAUACAAACGAUUGUAGGAUUAUACGAUCGCUUUAAGGAUACACAAAAAGUAGCUAAAACAAUUGGGGGUGUGAUGGCUGAAUCUGUCGUCAGAAAAUAUAUAACGGAAAUUGAUACUGGAUAUAAUACUGGGAAGAUCGACCAAUUUAUGGGAAAAAAGGGAAAGGGUGGGAAUGCUAGUGAAUAUUGUCAUAUGGUUGGUAUAGUUAGAAAAUGGAAAGAUGAAAAAGGUGUAUUAUAA